CAGGUACAUGACUUCUCACUUGAGGUUAAAGCCGCAAGUACUUUCUAUUGCUAUGCCGGUGCGUCGGCGGUAAAACAUGCAUGUUUGCGCUAUUUUCUUAAGCAUUCUGGACUUGAAACUCUUUGGUCGAAUAUGUUACGUAUAGUGGCCUGCUACGCGUAUGGAUUGUUGACACUGGCCGAAUUCGUGGCUACCAAUGUUGAGCUCAAGUUUAGGCACAAGCGAAAGCCGUUUACACACCAGGUCAUGAGCAUUGCCACUCACAGGCCCACAGAAAAGUCACAAAGUCUAGCCGACGUGCUAUGAUCAACUCCACAGCAGUGUAGAUUGGGUGCGAAGCUUCUUCACUGUAUCUUCACUCGUGAAAAAAAGUCAACGCAGGUGACACACAAACUGUGUCCCCGCCCUUCAGAGGUGUCGAGAGCAGUUUCCCGGUCUCGCACGGUAUCACAAGAUACAUGUUACAGUUUUGUAGAGCUUCGCUUUUGCAGACGCUAUCGCGAGAGCCGUGGAUGUCACGUGUUCGUCGGUGUUAUCAUUGACAAAGAUUCCCUGUGUCACUUGGAAGAGUUGCUAACACAGAAACUGUUGUUUAUUUCCAGCCCUGAUAGCAGGCAUUCUUGCGAGGCACGUGGUCGUGUGGAAGAUCACCUUCACCGCCUGCCUUGUUGCUGGUAUCGCGGUGUCCUUGUGCUUCUUUGCCACCGGGGUCACCUACCUUGCCCUCCUGGCUAAGCGUCGGCCAGCUCUCCCUGUCAAGCACGGUGAUCAACCAGCACUUCACCAAGUAUCGAGCUGUUGCAUCUGGACUCAACAUGGCCGGCUUCUCCGUGGGCGGUCUCAUCUUUCCGCCCACAGUUCAGUUCUUCUUCGACGAGUUCGGCUUCCGGGGUGCAUUCUUGCUCGCAGGCGGAACCUUACUAAACGCAACUGCUGGAACGCUACUGCAGCGGAUACCAGCGCCAAAACAGUCAGCUCAGUCUGCACAGGAGUCUGGGGAAGUCACUAAACAGAACAUUAAAAACUCUGGCACUGCGGAGGCAGCGCGCGUGUUAUCAGAAACCACCAGUACGCUGCGCCGUAAAAAUGAGGAGUCAGCCAUCCCGAAGUACAGCUUGAAGAGCGGCGUGGAAAAUGCGGGAUUUCAGCCAAGCGAAACUGCCGACGGAAGCACCUCGACAGAAAACGUGCGCGUGAUCGAAUGCAGCACACGCUGUCUGAAUGGGAAAGAAAACGUCAUUUGCGGACGAGAUUCCCCCAACACUAAAAGGCGAGCUAACUUGUCAGUGGAUGCAGCCGUUCCCAUCCGAAAUAUUCUUCGCGAAGAUUACGUUACGCCUAACGAGGACGCGUGCCGAAAUGGUGCGUCGUUUCCGUUUCAUGUUCAUAAAGCGAAGAAAACGCUUAGUGCAGAGCAGUCUUCCAGCAAGCUCUCAAUAACUGCUGCGGAAGUGCACCCUGCGGAAGCAGCGCAGAGGACUUCCGGAGGUGCCAAGUCCACACUGCUGGCGGCCAAAGAACUGUUCAGUUUCCUCGCGCUCGCCAAGUACUACGUUGUGGUCCUGUCCAAAGUCGUUAUCGUCACAAAUGCAAUGACGUUUUCUACGGUUAUCAUCGACUUCGCCAUGGACCAUGGCAUACACAGAUGGAGGGCGCUCACUUUGAUCUCGGCGUACACAGGCAUGGACCUUACGGCCAGGCUCACUUCAGGAUGGAUCACAGACAGAAAAUUUUUGUCCAGGAACGCGCUGAUGGCUUUCUGCAUGUCGGUCUGGGCGGCCGCUAACUUUUGCUUCGCGUUUGGUGACUCGUACGUCGUGCUCCUGAUUGUGUCCGGUGUGGCGGGCUGGUGCAACGGUUCGACGCUGCCAUUGAUUCCGGUGUUGUACAUGGAGGUGGUGGACAUUGGUCGCUUCAGUGUUGCCUACGGACUAAGCUCAUUCUUAGUGGGACUAACGGGACUGCCAAGACCCUCUCUAACAGGCAAGUGCAGGUUACUUCAGAGACAAGCUGGGAAACUAUUCGGGCCUGUUCCUUCUGACCGGUACAUGCAGCGCUCUCUCCGCAAUGCGCUGGACUUACGUUACCGUGCGAGAAAAGUGCUGUCGAAACCGACACAAAGAAUAAAGCGUGUACAGAAUCAGAGUGCUGCCUCAGCACAUCGUAUUGGUACUUGUUGUCGCCAUCAUGAAUUAUCAGAAGUUGUCGAAUUGAACGCGAAUGCUACAGGGGAUAUGCGAUUGCUUGUUUUUCUCGCGCAGUCAAGAAGCAGCAUGCGCACUGCUGCGCGAGGCUGAUAGCAGGUGGAAAGACACGUAUACUGUGGAUUUUAAAUCAGCAUGUUUUGUCAGGGGACCCUCCGCACCUUCACGUUGUGCGC